CUCCCAAGCUAUAUUUCAAAAGGCAAAACCUGUGUUCUACUUCUGCACCGUUAUCGUUCGGACGGAAGGAGAUGAAGUACGAGCAGAGGCUCAAAGCCGCUGCGGAAAUCAUAUUGGCGUCCGAUUCACGCACCGUCGACGCUCCAGUGAAUGUCGCGGACUUUGGCGUUACGGCCACGCUGAAACCCUACCAAGUUGAAGGAGUGUCAUGGCUCAUAAGGCGAUACACUCUCGGGGUCAACGUUGUUCUCGGAGAUGAGAUGGGACUAGGCAAGACAUUGCAAGCUAUCUCUUUAUUGAGCUAUUUGAAGGUUCAUGAGAUGUCUCCUGGACCAUUUUUCAUAAUGUGUCCUCUGAGCGUGACAGAUGGUUGGGUGUCAGAGAUAGUUAAAUUUGCUCCAAACCUAAAAGUUCUUCAGUAUGUUGGUGAUAAAGAACAUCGCCGAGGUUUGCGCAGGACAAUCUGUGAGCAUGUAAGAGCACAGUCUUCGUCAUGCAACGGCGUGCGAUUGCCUUUUGACAUACUGUUAACAACAUAUGAAAUUGCCUUGAUGGAUCAAGAUUUUCUUUCUCAAAUACCAUGGCAGUAUGCAGUAAUUGAUGAAGCUCAAAGACUCAAAAAUCCUUCCAGUGUUCUCUAUAAGCUCCUCAAAGAGCGCUUUCUUAUGCCAAGACGGUUGUUGAUGACGGGCACACCUAUCCAAAACAAUCUCUCUGAACUUUGGGCUUUGAUGCAUUUUUGUAUGCCUUCAGUCUUUGGGACACUAGAUCAAUUUCUUUCCACCUUCAAGGAAGCUGGAGAUCCUUCAUCAGGUCAUGGUGCAGCUGAACUCAAGGAGCAAUUUAGAAGUUUAAAAUAUAUAUUGGGAGCCUUCAUGCUUCGACGAACAAAAUCAAGGCUUAUUGAGUGUGGAAAUCUAGAGCUGCCCCCUCUCACUGAGAUAACUGUAAUGGUGCCCCUGGUCAGCCUGCAAAAGAAGGUUUACAUGUCAAUAUUGAGAAAGGAGCUUCCUAAACUGCUUGCUUUAUCUUCAGGAACUUCAAAUCAUCAAUCCUUACAGAAUAUUGUAAUGCAGCUAAGAAAAGCAUGCAGCCAUCCUUACCUCUUUCCUGGUAUUGAGCCUGAACCCUUUGAAGAAGGGGAACACCUGGUCCAGGUCAGCAGUAAACUAAUGAUUUUGGACCAACUACUCCACAAGCUAUAUGAUUGUGGACACCGCGUCCUUCUCUUUGCUCAGAUGACACAUACACUUGACAUUUUACAGGAUUUCCUGGAGUUACGAAAAUAUUCCUACGAACGUCUUGAUGGAUCAGUUCGAGCUGAGGAGCGCUUCUCUGCAAUAAGAAGUUUCAGUGGGCAAUCGGUUAAAGGGAGCUUGAAUUCUGAAUCUGACCAAAAUGGUUCAUUUGUUUUUAUGAUCUCUACCAGAGCUGGGGGAGUUGGCCUGAAUCUUGUGGCUGCUGAUACUGUUAUAUUCUACGAGCAAGAUUGGAACCCUCAAGUGGAUAAGCAGGCUUUACAGAGGGCACACAGGAUUGGUCAAAUGAAUCAUGUUUUGUCUAUAAAUCUAGUUAGCAGGCAUACUGUGGAGGAGGUCAUUAUGCGGAGAGCAGAGAGGAAGUUGCAGCUUAGCCAUAAAGUUGUAGGGGAUGAUGUUAUGGACUCCGAAGGUAAAAACAGGGCAGGAGUUGAAACUGGUGAUUUGCGGUCUAUCAUAUUUGGGUUACAAAUGUUUGAUCCUACCGAGAUCAGCACUGUGAAUUCAGAUGAGUUGCAGGUGUCUGAAUUGGAUGUUAUUGUUGAAAAGGUACUUGCAAAGCGAUAUGAAAAGAUUGCAAGCAAGGAUGAUAGGAAAUUUGAGGUCAAUCCAUUCGAUCCAUUAAGUGAAUAUGAUACUGUUGUUGGGGGAAGUUCCACCUCAAUAAGUUUAGAUCCUGGUCUUGAUGAGGCUUCAUAUCUUUCCUGGGUUGAGAAAUUCAAGGAGGUGCCACAAUCUGGUAGUAACCCAAUCCCAGAGUUUCGAAGUAGAAGGGAGGCUCAUGAGGAAAAGUCUCUAAAACUUGAGGCUGCAAGGAAAGAGGCUGAGGAGAAGAAGUUGCGUAAUUGGGAAGCCCUUGGAUACCACUCGUUGACUGUAAAAGACCCUAUCGACCCUGUGAAUGGUGAUAUGAUGUCAGAAUCAGGUUUCCUUCAUUUUGUUUAUGGAGAUUGUACUCAUCCAUCAAGAGUUUGUCCAUCCGAGCCUACUGUUAUCUUCAGUUGUGUUGAUGACUCUGGAAACUGGGGCCAUGGUGGAAUGUUCGAUGCACUGACCAAACUUUCCGCAAGUAUCCCCAAUGCAUAUCAACGUGCUUCUGAAUUUGGGGACCUGCAUCCUGGUGAUCUGCAUCUUAUAAGAAUUAAUGGGGAUUGCAAUGAGGAGAAUGCAGAUGAUUGUCCUCCUCAAUGGGCAGCUUUGGCUGUUGUACAAUCUUACAAUUCUAGGCGUAAAGUCCCUCGUAGCAAGAUCUCUCUUUCUGACUUGGAAUGCUGCUUAUCAAAGGCAUCAUUCUCAGCAGCUCAAAACUCUGCUUCAAUCCACAUGCCACGGAUUGGGUAUCAAGAUGGAUCAGAUCGCUCAGAUUGGUACACCGUGGAACGUCUUCUACGAAAAUAUGCUUCUGCAUAUGGCAUAAAAAUUUUUGUGUACUAUUACCAACGGUCGAGUUGAGUCUUGGCUUUGUGUUGACAAUCUCAAAUCCUACAAGAGUUGUGGCCUCUAAUAUAGUGAAGAAGGAUAUGUGCUUCUCCUUCCUUUGAUUCCUAUUGGAGAUAGACUGGACUUCCUCCUUUAGCUUAAACUUUUCUAUUGGGGUGGAAUUGUUUCUUUUAUCAUAAGGUGCAAAGAUGUAAUUCUCA